AUUGUGUUACCUGGAUCUGAAAGGUCAUUAGCAAAUACCGCCUAAUAUGGGAAGACCAUCAUGUGCUUGGGGUUUUCAAAGAACUCGAGAACGGUUCAAGCAUUUACUCGAAGAUCCUUUAAAAUGCUCGGAUCUAAGUCGUCGAUACUUUGUCAUUCCAACACAUCCUUUUGAGAAGCUAUCUGCACAUGAAGUCGAGGCCACUGCUCCAAAUCCUGUAUUUCUGUCACUGAUUAAAGUUGAACAACGCAGUUUGGUCUCCAUUGAUGACAACCAAUUUACAGUUAUGUUCAGUGACAAUACUGGGAGAAGCAUCACUCUUCCUAAGCUGUUGCCGACCUAUUAUGAAAACACGGUGAGAGUUGGACGACAGAAAUCACCUGUACACCUUAAUGCAGAUAAUAUUCAUCCGAAAGCGACUACCUUUAUUUUUAAUUUUCUGAAGUGUAUCGAACACGAAAACUUUUACUAUAAUGAGUAUCUUUCAGAGCUGAUUCGACAGGAAACUGUUGAAUGUUAUGAUCGUGGUAAGCUUUUAGCUCAAAUAAGAAUAUUCUACAAAAAUUUCAUUGAAUCUGUACCCAUUCGAUUUUCAAAUUUAUGCAGUGAACUAUUCUGUCAAGAGAUACUUUAUCAACAAGCUUCACUGUUAAAUGAGAAAUACAUUAAUGAAACAAACAGAAUCUAUGAGAAGAUGAAAAUGAUAUCGGAAAGCAAUGAUGUUUACAAGUCUGAAGAAAAACAACUUGAAACUAUGUUCAAGGCUAAAUUGAGUGAAGCCUCAAUGAAAGAACAUUUAUUGAAUGAAUUGAAGUGCUGUUAUGAGUACCAAAGAAAAAUGUAUGAAAACAGACUAAAAGAUAUGCGGGAUGAUAAUGAAUUGUGGAAUAAUGCGUUAAAAGUUCUCAAUUAUCAUGUAUUUAAUCAACUGUCGAACGUUCAAGACUCAAAUAUCUCAAACUUAGCCGCCAUGUGUUUCGAUUUACAACAACUCAUCGAAAUAUGGCGAUUUAUCGGUAUUUGGCUUGUACAAAGUUUAAAAUUAUACGACACAAUGAUUAUAAAUAAAAUUGAUAAACUGAUAAACAUGGAUUGGCUUAGCCUUAUUGAAUCAGUUGGAAAAGAACUUAAUGUUCGUGAUCAACAAUGUCAAAAGUAUCUACAAGAACUGGAUUCGAUAUUGAAAACUCUAAAUGAAUAUCAGAAACAUGACAGUUUAUCUUAUUCUCAAAGUCGGUUAGUGAAUGCAGGAUGUUACAAAAAAAAUCUAUCAGAAUCAUUGAUGAACUUAUUAAGAGUUAGUAAUCUAUGCUUAGAUAUGUUCAAUGGUGAAGGUGUAUUAAAUGUUGAAGAGAAGUUGAAAACAAUUGAAAAUAUUCAAAAUAAUUUAUUCAAAUUAAUUUAUCAAUCAUCACACUACAAUGAGUUAAUGAUUGACAAUUCACCAAAUUAUGAACAAGAAGUUACUGCUGAAUUGCAAAAAGAAUUGUACAAAAUAAUAACUGAUUAUCAAGUUCAUUUACAAGGUGAAAAUGGAAUUGUUCAACUUUUAUCAAAAUUUAUUCGAAAUAUUAAAGAUUUCAGUCAACGUAAACAAUUCAACAUUGAAGAAUAUACUGAUGUUGAUAAAAUUUCAAAUUCAGAUAAUCAAAUGGACAUUAGUCAUAAGGAAGAGUUAAACAAUCAAGAAUUUAUGCAAUAUUAUAAUUUUUGGAUUGAGACUGUGAAAAAACUUUUUAGUUGUAUCGGGCAAACAAGCAACUAUGAGUUAUCUUUGAAAGAAACUGAUACUUCUAAGUCAGUUAGUGAUGAACAUGUUAUCAGUGAAGAUAUCAGUCAAGAUAUUUCAGAUUCUUAUGAUGGUAGUAAACGUUUUUCCACAUCUCUGGUAUAGAAAGAUGUUGCAUCAUUCCUAUUACAUGUGUUGGGUGUUGGUUGGUUCGAUGAACAAAGAUUCAGUGUAAUCAAUCUACAUCUCCCUCCACUUGAUUAUAUUAGACUUGAGAGAGUGGUUUUAUCUCACCGUGUUGUGUGAGGUUGCAUGUUAAUGCUUGCAUGCAUUGCAAUAGUCAAUUGUUUUUCUAGAUUACUCAUCUUAUUCGUGUCUGUCAUUCUAUAUUUAUGUUCGGCUAAUCUAACUGAUCCCGAUCGGCUAGUUUAACCAAUGUCCUUGACUUUGCAAUUAUUACAUAGAAUUUGAUAGAUGAGAUUACUUUGCUGAACUGGUUCUAUCGGAUCUCUAUAAGGCAGUCGACGAAGCUUAUCUCUGAAUGAGUUUGUAGGCUUAAAUGCCACCUAAAUUCCAGCGUUGAUUGGAAUCCGACGUAAAGUUUCUGGUGUAACACAGUGGAGGCUUUGAACUUAUUUCGAAAGGUCAUCAAGUACAUAAUACUGUACCACUGCGAUAUAUAUCAGAUCAACAAAUCUAAUAUGGAAUUACAUCCUACCACAUUUCCUGUUUUACACUUUUAUUGUAUGCUUUUCAAUGACUAUGAUAAAAUCCGAGAAAUAUACUACGAAGCUGAAAUAUAAGUAGUUAAAAACCGUUCAUACUAAUCUGCAGGUUGUCCGUUAGUGGAUGACACGUUUUUUGUGUUUCUUUCUUAAAAAUGUUGCUUUUGUGGUGUCUAUCGGAAAACCUUUUAAUAUUACAGUUGGGCAGUUAAAAAAACAAACAAAGUAAUCUUCUUUGACUAAUGUCCACGUGGAUCGUGCAGCUUACCAACAGUUUGCUUUGGUAAUUGAUUAUCAUCAUAGAAGUGGUUGCGCAAGCCUGCCAAGACAAGACAUGCCGAACAAAGUUGAUGAGUGGGUGAGACAUACCACUUAUUAAAGAAAAUUAAACUAAUUUUAAUAUACCCACGCCCUACAUUGAGCGUAUUUCGUAACCUGAAGAUGGCAUCCGAAUCCAUAGAUUAAGAGGUCUUAUGGCAGUGUCUCUCAUUGAAAUGGGUACCGAGUAAUUCAUCUUUAUGUGAGAAGGCUGUGUACUCGAACAUGAGUAGGUGUGUUAGGAUUUACGAUGAGUUAUCGACUGAGCUGUGUAUGUCGACUGGUGUCUGUCAACGAUAUCAACUCUCUUCUUUCCGAAUCAACUUUAUCAUAGACGUUCUUAUUGUUGUCACCUCAUUGUGUGACUUCAGAGGGAUUAAACUAAUCACAUACGAAUACUUGGUAGAUGCGGAGUACAUAGAUGAUGUAAUCAUGCUAGGUGAAAACGCCGACAGGAUGCAGGAUCUUCUGAACACCUUGAGUGGCAAUUUGAGAAAGUUUGAGGUGUGUUCCUCACUACCUAGACGCUAAUCGUUACUCCAGGGCUGGUCUCCAGCGAUGCUCUGGCUAACAAUAUGGAGUGAAAUGGUUAGGCACCGUGAUCAAUUUACUUACAUGGGAAGUCGGAUCAGCUCUGAUGGGUCAGUGGCUGACGAAAUCUCUGCACGGAUAUAAAAGGUCCAACUGGUUUUCAUCAACUGACACCAUCUGUAGCACCGCCUCCAUAGCCGAUUGUUUUUUAAGGAUCGAAUGUACUGUGCUGCAGUUGACUCUCUUCUAUAAUAUGGCUGUGAAACAUAAUCAUUAAAGGUAGAAGAUAUGAGAAGUUUUCUCGGUUUUGACCACUGUUACCUUCGUAACAUGGAGUGUUUAUCGUGGUGUCAGUACAUCAGUAAGGCAGAAGUUAGGAGUAGAGUUUUAGGGAUGAGAGGAACGUCGGUUGAUGCGUUUUUGAACCGUCGUCGACUGAGGUAGUUGGGGAAUUCUUAGUCAUCAUCUGCCUCAUUGCACAAUAUUUUGCCAAGGCAGAUUUAGGCUGGAAAGAGGUUAAAGAUAGUCAGACUAGAAUAUGGCAUCAUUUCAUGGAGUUUCUAACUGUUGACCUAAGUCAUGUAAGGAGAUUCAGAGUAACCGUUUGGUGUCCACGUGACAGCAGAAACCAGUGAUGGCUCAGAAUCGAUCUCAGCGGUGCAGAUGUAUUUCAAUUUAGUGAACUUAUAUUCCCAAUGUGUUUUUUUUUCUGUUCAGUUAUAACCGAUAAAACAAAGACUUUUAGGUGAAAAGUGGAUUGCAGUUUGACUUGUGUUUUAAUUCAUUGUAAAUAUUUCACUUUAGCGAUUUGACUAUUUGAUUGGCAACCACAGAGUUAUAUAUGCUAAUCGCUUGUUGCCUAGCUCGUAACAGGUGGUGGUGCUUAAGCAAC